AAAAACUAUUCCCCAUUUUCAAUCUCCGCAAUAAGAAAAGGAGAAUCCCAAUUUUUCUCUCUAUUCCUAGGGUUUUUGGAUUCUUCACUUCCAAUUCAAAUUCAAAUCCAAAAAACCUAGGCGUUAAAUUUCAAUUUUUUGCCCAAUUUUAUUACUAUCCUCUGAAUCUCAAUUUUGAUUCAAUCAAUUCUACAAUUUUGUUUUAUUUUUGUUUUGGGAUUUUAAUGGUACAGUUGAUGAAGUCGUUAGGAAUGUCAAACUUAACGGUGAAAAUGGAAGUUGAGGAUUCUCUUGAAGAUGAAUAUGCCCCCCUGACUAAACGGCCCAAGUUUUCUUUGCAAGUUAAUCAGUGGAAUGCUGGAAAUAAUGAAUUUCCAGUUCCUCCUCCAGAAUAUAAUCCGCUUGAUGAGCCAAGUCCUUUAGGUCUGAGGUUGAGAAAGAGUCCAUCUCUCUUAGAUUUAAUCCAGAUGAGGCUGUCACAAAACAAUGCUUCGUCUGUCGCGCCUACACCAGCUGAAAACUCUACUGCUGUAAGCAAAAAGGAAACACGGGGUGUGGCCACUUCAGGAGCAACUGACAAGCUGAAGGCAUCAAAUUUUUCUGGUUCACUUCUAAGGAUAGGGUCUUGGGAAUAUGCAUCUAGAUAUGAAGGUGAUUUGGUGGCAAAGUGUUACUUUGCUAAGCAUAAACUUGUUUGGGAAAUUCUUGAAGGUGGGCUGAAAAGUAAAAUUGAGAUUCAGUGGUCGGAUAUCAUGGGAUUGAAGGCGAACUGUCCAGAGAAUGGUCCGGGCAGUUUGACUCUUGUGCUGGCUCGACAGCCCCUCUUCUUCAGGGAGACAAAUCCACAACCCAGAAAGCAUACGCUAUGGCAAGCAACUUCAGAUUUUACUGAUGGACAGGCUAGCUUGCAUAGGCAACAUUUUCUACAGUGUCCACCUGGUGUCUUGAAUAAGCAUUAUGAAAAAUUGAUCCAGUGUGACGUCCGGCUUAACUUUCUGAGCGAACAGCCUGAAAAGGCGUUGGAAUCUCCAUAUUUUGAUACAAAAGCUACUAUGCUUGAAAAUCCUGACGAGUUUAACGCCCAUGUCUUCGAUCCAGUUGGGUCUGAUACGGGAUCCCCACUAUCAAGCUUCCAAGAUGCAGCAUCACCUGCUGCAGUACAGUCAUCUUCCUUGACUUUUGAACAACCUGAUCUCCUUGGUGCAACCCGUGAACGUUUGUCCAAGGAUAGCCCUUCUCCAAGCUCAGUGAUGGAUACACCUGCUAUUGAAGGGAAUGCAAACAGCAUAGGCUAUGAUCCUCACGGGAUGAGAAACUUUGAGCAGUUGAAGGUGCCAGGACUUCGUCCGUCAAUGUCUAUGACUGACCUUGUCAGCCACAUUGAAAACUGCAUAUCGGAACAGAUUAGUUUCGGAAACUUGCCUUCUGAUCAGGCGUUAGAAUGCAAGGGCAUGCUGGAGGACAUAGCACAUGUGUGGCUGAGUGACACUCAAUGUACAACAUCAGACGAGAAAUCUCUCCUGAAGAAGGUCAAUUCUCUAUGCUGCCUCUUGCAGGAUCCUAGUGCAUCUCACGAGUCCCAUUUUAAUGGAGAAAAUCAUCUGCAAAAACCUAUUCAAUCUAACGAUGCUUGUAGCUCUUCUGCAUGUGAGAGCAAGGGAAAUGACGCAGAGGACGCCAAGGAUUUUGCUGGUGGUAAGCUGACACCAAGUAUUCCAAGGAGAGACUCCUUUGGUGACUUGCUCCUUCAUCUUCCUCGUAUUGCAUCCCUUCCAAAAUUCCUAUUUGACAUUGCUGAAGAUGAUGAAAACCAAACUCGAUAGUGAUUCAUUUCUUGAAAGAUGUAUUUAAAUGCGAGGGUAUUGUAGUCCAAGGAAAUCAUCGGUUUGCCUGUUUGUUCUGGUCCUGAUGGAAGCACCCCUCUGGGGUUCAGAGGACGUUAUACAUGGAGAAAGACUGGGAUUUGGAAAUUCUUGUGUGUUGUAGCUGUAAGAUUUAAUGUUUUCACCUUUGCUGAAGAGCAUACAUUGAUUAUAUUAUUGUACACGGGUUAGGUCAAUUAGUAUAAAUUGUUGUCAUAUUUUUUUUUUUGAGAAGAUAACAAGUUUUAUGUAAAUUAAGUAGAAAAACCUUUAGCAUAAAGGUUAUGCUAAAGGUUAAAGAUAGUUACAAGA